GUUGUAUUCCAUACGGCUUAUAUCCUUCGUCAAGAGCGCAGGUAAGUGAAACACCAUGAAACUUCUACUGUUGACUUUGUUCGUUGCGGUGGGCUUCGCCAACCCCAUCCCCGCGGAUCCCUCCGGAGAUGCCGUGGAAGUGGUUGUCAACGGCUUAGCCGAGGGCGAGGCUUUGGACAUCGGGCAUAUCGUCGACGUCAAAGUGAAGGAAAUCGUGGAUGGAGAGGUAGCCGCCGUCGCUAACGCUCUCCAUCCGUUCACCGCCCAAGGACUAGCCGAGGCUGCCGCCGCCGCCGAAGCUGAACAAGCUGCUGCCAUGCCUGAAAUUGCUGAGCCUGUUGUCCCUGAGGUCCCCGAGGUUAUCGUGUUGCCGGAGCCUGGUACUCCUGAGGUGGUGCCUGAGCCCGUAGUUAAACCUGAGCCCGCUGUCCCUGAGGUUAUCCCCGCCCCCAUCGUGCUGCCUGAGCCUGCUACGCCUGAGGUGGCUCCUGACCCCGUUGUCCUGCCCGAGCCCGCUGCCCCUGAGGUCGUCCCUGCCCCAAUCGAGAUGCCUGAGCCCGGUGCCCCUGAAGUCGCCCCCGGAGUAGUCCCGGAACCGAUUGCCGUCGGGGAGCUCCCCGAGGUUCCCGACACUCCCCAGAUCAACGGCGAGAUCUUUAACAACGGCGUCGUCUCCAUAAUGGUGAACACGCCCGAGGACACUGGUGUCGUCGCCACGCUCUCUUCUUGGGUCAGCAUGAUGGUGAACUACGUCCACAGCGGAAUUGCAUACACUCAGCAACUCAUCUAAACAGUCAUAUAAUAUCCGUCAUACUACGAACUCUUUGUAACCAUUCUAAUAUUGACUUAAGAUACAUGAAUUCGACGGAUA